GAGUCCUGGAAGACAAAAAGCAAACGGAGGGGGAGGGAAGAAAGGCAGAGAAGGACGCAGAGGGUUUUUUUCCCUGCAAGAAGAGUAAACUUACCAAAUACUCUGCAACCUCCGACUAAAGCUGUGUGACUAUGAGCACCUCGGGGCCUCAGGCCACUAACCAGCAGAACGUGAAGGAGCUGGACAGCAUGAAGGAGUCCAUCAGCGACAUCAUCAACCAGCUCCAGGACAUAGACCCUACCCGGCUCUCCUUCUCCCCUUUCCUGGACCUGGACACGCAGAUCUCUCUGGCACCGGUGUCAGACAGCCCUGAGUCCUCGGUGGAGGAGCUGCACUCGUCUUCCCACUCCGUCUCCGGCUCCCAGCGCUCCCUUGAACCGCCACCAGCAACUGAUCAGCCAAGAAGCUCGGCUCCCUGUCACCAGCCGUCUGAUGGCGGCCACCCAGAGGAUCCAGGAGCCGAUCAGACGGAGGAGGGGGAGCUGGAUCAAAAUCUUUCCAGUCCCAUCAUCACAGCACACAAUUUGGAUGCUGCCACGGAAAAUUGCAUCAGCUUUCCAACCCCGGCCUCUCAGGGAGACAUUCCCAAUGGCACAGACACACCGAGAUGGAGCCCAAAAUCCACCAAUGUUGACUGCACUGUCGAUGAAGGUCGACCUCUGAUAGGCCAACCGCCAGAGAGCGUUGAGCUGGCUGUGUGGAGCUUAGAGGGGCCAGGAGAGAGUUGCGAGGCAGCAGAGGAGACUUCAGAUCAGGGACAGUGCUGCUGCCGCUGCUGCCAGUGUAAAUGCUGUCAGAGCGGCCGAGUUCCUGCUUUCUUCUCAGUCCUGACCUCUCUUCUGUGUGCAGUCGGGAUCCUCUAUGCACUCUAUUUUUAUGUCCCCAUUAGACCCCCAGAUUGCCCCGACAUAACCAGCCGCAUCGUGUUCACCUUCUGCUGCUGCGUGGUGGCUGCCAUUCCCAUCCUGCUAGCGAUGCUGAUGGGUGCAGCCUGCCAAUUCUGCACAGCCUCCUUCAGUCUGCAGGACACGUUUCCCAGAGGACGGGCUCUGCAUCAGCUGUUUGUUACGGUGUCUUUGGAACAGUUAUUCCUCUACGUCCUCAACCUCGUCGUUAUGGCCGCUUUGCUGCCUCAAGACCAGCUGAAGUUGGUGCCCAUUCUGGUCGCGAUGUUCAUCUUCGGAAGGCUGGUUUACUGGGUCAGCCUUAACACGUGCAGCUCAUGGAGAGGCUUCGGAUCAGGCCUGACCUUCUUCCCGCUCCUCGCCAUGGUGGCUCUCAAUCUGUUCCUCAUGUACACCCUAAAUCUCAAAGAGCCACUUCUUGUCUCUCAGGACCUCCUCUAUAAUCAGGUCACCCCCUCUUCCUGGUCAGGGGAGACAUCACAGAGCCCGAGUGGCUCACCAGACAUCCUACCCACAGACAUCCUGGACGCUCAGUGAGGAGGCGAGCUGUGCUUUCUUCUUUCAGAGGAGGAGAUCUUUUCCUAAAAUAGGCCAUUCCUGUGGUCUGCAACUCAGCACAGCACCACACGCUGCCACUAUAACCUCCCAGUCUGUGACAGCUUAACUUGUAUCUUUGCUCCUCCUAUACAGGAUUUUUAAAUGUGGAUUCAUGCUUAUUAUCUGAAAUGCAAUUGCUCUUUCCCUGCCAGUGGCAGAGGAUGCCUUUGAACAAUGUUGUUGUCUUAAAACCCUUGUCCUUUUAAGCUAUUCCAGUGCCUGUAUUUAAUGUUUUAAACUCCAAGUACUUAAAAGCCCUGCUUUUUAUAUGGCUGAAUUUGGUUUGACCUAAAAAAUAAAAAAAAAAACACAGGCAAAAGCAACUGCAAUUGUAGGACUUCAUUAUUAUUUUUCAAGU